AACUGUGGUUCACAACCUUUGCUUCUGGCUGGCUAUGAAGAUGGAUCAGUGGUCCUUUGGAAUUUGUCAAUGGGAAAAGCAUUGAGCCAACUUGUUUGCCACCAGGAGCCAGUGAUGAGCCUUGACUUUGACUCGGAGAAGGCCAAGGGGAUCUCAGGCUCAUCUGAAAAGGUGCUUAGCAUCUGGAGCCUCGAUGAGCAACAGAACCUCCAGGUUUACAAAACACACAAACUUGUCAACGCUGGCAUAUCUGAUAUCACCAUCCGUCCAGACAAGAAGAUUUUAGCAACAGCAGGGUGGGAUCAUCGCAUCAGGAUCUUUGGCUGGAAAAAACUGAAGCCCUUAGCAGUGCUGGACUACCACACAGCAACUGUCCAUUGUGUGUCCUUCUCGGAUCACAAAAACCCCAGCGAGAGACUGCUGGCAGCUGGCUCAAAAGAUCACCGCAUCAGUAUCUGGUCAAUAUAUACUCAGACGCGACAUGUUCUGCACUGUCAUGGACUAGGAAAACAGGAUUGGUGAAGCAAUUCUUUCCACUGUAAUUCAAACCUGGAUGUGGGGAGGUAGCAGAAUGUAUUUCCAGGCUGAAGCGAGAGUCCUAGGUUAAUUUUUAUGCUGCUUGUUCAAGCUGCAAGUUUUGUUUUCCAGAAUGGGAAGUGGAUUUUUAAAAUUCAUAACAAGCAGAGCAAGGCCAGUCAUGAACGAAGACACAGAACAAGUCACUUUGAGUUCUGCUACAGGUUUUGCAACAGCUUUUCUUUGGCAGGUUGCCUAAAUAACUUGUGCCAAUAUCUUCUUUUGUGAAAAAGGACUAAAAUCCCUCAGACUGCAGCGGGGGCAGAAUACAUCUGUUUGUAAGUCAUUUAUGUAUCCAAGAAUCUGAAUCAGUGUAAAAUACCACUCUUUCUUGAGAAUUUAUACCCAUUAAACCACCUCCAGUGGUUUCUCAUUGUCAGUUACUUUUUCUUCCCCCAACUGAAAGGCUAUCAGAACAACCUUGAUUUGUUCACACUUCUGUCAGUUUCUAACUUAAACCAACAGCCAGGAAUGUGACUAGGGACGGCCUUUGGCAUUUAUGAAUUUCAUUAUGUCUCCUGUCACCUCAAGCCUCACAAUUAAUCACAAGAAAGAAAGGGAAAAAAUCUUCCCCUGCACUGCACUGCAAAGCUAUGUAAAGCCUUUUACAGAGCCAGUGCUAAAUCCUUUCCAUAGACUGACUAGCUGAAGGAUUUAAACUCAGCAAUCCAAUUAGCGCCCUUCUCCUUGGAGAGUUAGGGGUAAGUUUCAGCAUGGCAAGUCUGGGAUUCAGCUACACAACUAACUCCCAUUAACAGUUAGGGGCAUUGCAUGGAUAAAUCCGUAUCCACACAGUGCGAAUGGCUCCAUUAAUUUGUCAUCUCUACGGUCAUGGAAGCUGAAAUUCAUUCAUGAAGGUUUUUUUUGUUUGAACCGUGAAGCAGCAUUUGCUUUCUUUUAAAGCAUAUUAGACAUACAACAUUCUGUUCAUAGACAUCUUACUGUUGUAUUCAGUCACAAAGUUGCAGUUACAACUGUCCCACUGAAGCAAUUAGCAAAGG